GACCCUUAGUACAAGGAAGCUUCUGCAAUGACCAGAACGUAAGAGCGGAAAACACAUCAAGUCGUCACAAUAAAAUGUACAAAACUUCACAAGAUUAAGGCGUAAAUUCUCUGGCUUUACUUUACUUUAUUUGAAGAUUGCAUGAGCGUCAUUAAACAGUCGCCAAUGAAGAAACCCUAGAUCCAGUUAACACAACCUGGACUAACAUAUAAAGAUGGCAAUCAAGGAAAAGGUCUUCUGGAUUGCUAUACCGAUGUUCAUAUCUGCAGUUCUUCUAACAAUAGCCGUAAUUGCCAUUGCUAUUUAUUUCCAAAAGCUACGCAAAACAAUUGAGGCAGAAAUUAAGGCAGAAACCCAAAAGGUGGACAAGAAGACAGUGAAACGAAGGAGGAAGGAAAACAAGUAUUCCAAAAGUAAAAAAGGAAGUGAAGAUUGCGAACCGGAAUUUUACGACUCACCCCCGAUGAGGGAUGAGCAUAGAGAACACUUGCAGCUAAAAACAUUUCAAAAGCAAAUAAGAAAUGAGGAUGACUAUAAUCAAUGCUUGUCACAGACAUCAUCACGAGACCAUAUCACGCAAUUAGCUGCGUCGCGUAAGGUAUCGCGUCAUGCUGAAACUAUGCCACGCACUUUAAUGAAACAAGAUUCGUAUAUUGAAUUUAUCGGAGACGAAGUAGCUUUGCAAACAAUGGAAACCUUUCAGAGUACUAAGGUGGCUUCAAAGGGAGAACAUGCAACGCAAGCGCAAUUGAAAUACAAAAGUCACGCUACAUCUUUGGGGAGAGCUGGUAUAGGUAACGAGUGUAAUCGAAGUGUGGAGCCUAACACUAGAUCAUCAAAUUUGCGUGGAGCGACACUCCCUCAUACUUCAUCACCAAUCAAAAAAGACCCUGGCUAUGGUUUCAAAGGUGCCUUUCGUGACAUUGUCCCGCAGCAGCAGGUGUCACGGAAAACUAACCCAACAAGUAAAAAUGGCCACGAUGAUAGAGAGAUGUGCGAAGUUAUGGAAAAUAACAGCGAGAUGUACGAAAAUACAGGAUACAUGAGCGAUUCGACCGAGGAUGUUUAUGAAAAUCAAGAAAUAAUCGAACAAGAGGAUAAAAGACGUUCGCAGAACUUGAAUAUGCCGCAAGUUCCACAACAUCAAAGAAAUUGGAACUCACAAACUGUACCGUACCAUAAGGACAACUGUAAAAUGGAACUCUAUGAAAAUCAAGCGAUUGUGGACCAAGUAAGGAAACUUGGACAUGGACAGCAUGACGGUGAUCAUUUUGAGUUAUACGAGAAUUAUAUCCACGAAGAAAUGUAUGAAAAUUGUUAGUUGUCACGUGGGUAAUGAUGUAUAUAGUCAUGUAUAUAAACAUUUAUAUUUUUACCACCAACUACGCCUCGCGGGUACUUAAUAACACUUUGACCAACUGUUGUCGUUAAAUUGUGGUAAAUGAGAGAACAUGCCACGCUAAACCAUCGCAUAUUUCUUAAUUUACUCCCAAAAAGAAAAACGGUUUUGAGCGCGCUGGAGCCGUGCACGAGCGAUUCGUAAUCUUUGGAUGUAAUUUUUUUGGUGUGUCUUCUUAUUAAGUUCGCUCCGAUCCUGACCAAUCAGAAAUCGAGAAAAUUUACAUUUGUGAUAAAAAAAUUUUUUAGAGCCUGAUUAGGAGGAUUGUUCAGUUCCAUAAGAUGAGGCRUGACUUAUAGGUCGGGACAAAAUACAUCUUCUUGCCGUUGAUACGCAGAUAUAGUGCUUAUUUUGAGCUACCUUUUUAAUUGUAAUGACACAGUAAAAAAAACAAGUACAUACAUAUUUAUUGCAAUUAUGUUCACCAUUAAGCGACCAAAACAAUCCAAAAUCUCUGGGGUUUUAAUUGGGUUUCUUUAACUUUGCUUUACUGUGCAGAUACUCCAGGACUGACACAAGUGAAAAACGUCUAAAUCCGUAUGCAAAUUAGAAACGUCUUUAUGCAAUUGUGAAUCGCUUGUAAAUUUGACUUUCAAACAUGCCUGAUAAAUGGAACUUCGCAAAAUUCCAAAAUUUAGUGUCCAUGCUUGAAACUUAAGGGUAAUUCUUCUAAAUUCUGUAAAAAACACGCAUGCGCAAACGUUUUUCUCUAGUGUCACCAAGACCACUUUCAGAAAUAGUAUCAUUGACCAAUCAUUUGCGACAUUUAGUUCAAUUUUUUAUGCAGCCAAUCAGAUAGCACAUUGAUAUAAGAGGUGGCAAAACUGAGGCAGAUUUUUUAAUCUGCUUAUACACUCGAUGUAGCAUACACUUGUGACAAAAACACAUUUCAUAAACGAGAAACAUGUUUACUCAACAUCGGCUAACUUGCAUUGCUAAGUAACAAACUUUAGAAUGUUAACUUUUGUGGCUAAACGAGGAAACUUCAGAAAACAUUGUUUCCAAGCAUCUUGGAAGCAUGAAAUAUUUCUGCGGCACAUCAGAAACAUUUUUGCAUCUCGGAAGCAACAUUUAAUUGUUGCUCGCARCAAUAUUUCCCAUGUGGCUAAACUUGAAAACAUCUUGAAUACAUACGCGUGGUAAACAUGUUUCUUCGCUUAGCCAGAACCUUAUGGAGUUCCUGUGGAAUUGGUGGGGACAUUCGCGAGAAGCGCCCGCACCUGCGCACCACCAUUGGGUUUCACAAGGGAAUGUAUGGAAGUUAUGAUGAACAUAUCACAAUAAAGUGUCAAAUCUCUCGAUGGUUUGCUGCUUUAAAACGUGCCUAAGACGUUUCUUGUACCUUUUUCAAUGUACUGAUAGAGUUCCGAUUUGAGGCUAUGAACCAUACACAGGAACCUUGUUUGGGCUGCCUGUGUCUGUUGGGACUCUCCCGACGCCACGUGAACUGAAAGCGCUUGUUAUUUCUCAGAGAGUUAUUUGAUUAGUUAUUAUAUCUUGCUGUUUUGUAACUUUAAAUAAUUAAAAUGCUUAAACUGAAUAAACCCUUUUUAUUACCCAA